AACGCUUGAUGACGCUUUUGCCAACAUGGCGGCUUACAGUUUCUGUCACACUAGAGUACACAUCCUAGUGGAGACCUGACUGUUUGUGUUUCUGAAAGCUGAAUAUAUGCGUUCAAUACGGAGUUUAAUCCUCAGAUCUUUGUUCGAUGGGAAGAUGUGAUAUGCAGUUUGAAGCCACAAUAUUGUUUCUUUAUUCAGGAAUAACAUGUUAGUGAGCUGAUAGAGAUGAUGUCUCUGUUUAGAUCCCACGGGCUCUUUCUGCCCUUGAUAAAACGCUUUCCUGAUAUUAAAAUAUGCCGUGUUAAACGCAUAUCUCAGGGCUGCAUGACCACAUGUACAGUGAUCAGACACAGAUGGAUGAAAAGAUCUUGCUGGAGCAUCAGUCCUGUCAGAGAAUUCAGCUCUAGUGCUUCUGAGAAGGAGAAUCUUGACAUGUCAAAGUUCCCAGUGGAGAGAAUUCGUAAUUUCAGCAUUAUUGCUCAUAUUGAUCAUGGCAAGAGCACUUUAGCUGACAGACUUUUGGAGAUCACGGGUGCCAUUGCAAAGACAGCGAGUAACAAGCAGGUGCUGGAUAAACUGCAGGUGGAGAGAGAAAGAGGAAUCACUGUUAAAGCUCAGACUGCAUCUCUCUUUUACCAGCAUGACGGACAGACGUAUCUGCUCAAUCUCAUCGACACACCUGGUCAUGUUGACUUCAGCUAUGAAGUUUCACGGUCCAUAUCCGCUUGCCAAGGAGUUCUGCUUAUUGUAGAUGCAAAUCAGGGAAUUCAAGCGCAAACAGUCGCCAAUUUCUACCUGGCAUUUGAGGCUCAACUGACCAUCAUCCCUGUGAUAAACAAGAUUGAUUUGAAAAAUGCUGAUCCAGAGCGAGUGGAAAAACAGAUUGAAAAAGUCUUUGAUAUUCCGAAGGAAGAAUGUAUCAGGAUCUCUGCAAAACUGGGCACAAAUGUGGACCAAGUUCUCCAAGAGGUGGUGAAACGCAUUCCUCCUCCGACAGCGAGAGUGGACGAUCUGUUUAAAGCCCUUGUCUUUGACUCCACCUUCGAUCAUUACAGAGGAGUAGUGGCCAACAUCGCUCUGUUUGGUGGACGUGUGUCCAGAGGAGACAAGAUCGUCUCUGCCCAUCUGGGGAAGUCAUAUGAGGUCAAUGAGCUGGGCCUUUUGAGACCCGACGAACACCCAACAGAGACACUGUAUGCAGGGCAGGUGGGUUACGUGAUCGCAGGGAUGAAGGAAGUGAAGGAGGCUCAGAUUGGAGACACACUUUACCUCCAUAAACAGCCUGUGGAGGCGCUGCCAGGGUUCAAACCGGCUAAAUCCAUGGUCUUUGCAGGCAUGUAUCCCAUGGACCAGUCAGAAUACACAGCCCUGCGCAGUGCUGUGGAGAAACUGAUGCUGAAUGACUCCAGCGUGACGGUUCAAAAGGACAGCAGUUUAGCUCUGGGGGCUGGAUGGAGGCUGGGAUUUCUGGGUUUGCUGCAUAUGGAGGUGUUUAAUCAGCGUUUAGAACAGGAGUAUAAUGCAUCUGUCAUAGUAACGGCUCCGACUGUACCGUACAAGGCUGUGCUAGCAUCUGCCAAACUCAUAAAGGAACACGGUGAAGAAGUGAUCACCAUCAUCAACCCUGCUCAGUUCCCUGAUAAGUCAGAGGUCGUGAAGUAUCUGGAACCCAUGGUGAUGGGAACCAUCAUCGCUCCAGAUGACUUCACUGGGAAGAUCAUGACCUUGUGUCAGAGCCGCAGGGCCGUUCAGAAGAACAUGUUCUACAUCGAUGAACAUCGGGUGAUGAUAAAGUAUAUCUUCCCUCUAAACGAAAUCGUGGUGGACUUUUACGACCAGCUCAAAUCCAUGUCAUCAGGAUACGCCAGUUUUGAUUACGAGGAUGCUGGUUAUGAGGCUGCUGACCUGAUUAAGAUGGACUUCCUCCUCAACGGGCGGCCAGUGGAGGAACUUGCCACUAUCGUUCAUAAAGACAAAGCGUACAGUGCAGGUAAAGCUAUAUGUGAGAGACUGAAGGAGUCCAUCCCCAGACAGAUGUUUGAGAUUGCAGUGCAAGCAGCCAUUGGCAGCAAGAUCAUCGCCCGAGAAACGAUAAAAGCAUAUCGAAAGAAUGUUCUAGCAAAAUGUUACGGCGGUGACGUUACACGAAAAAUGAAACUGCUAAAGAAGCAGGCUGAGGGAAAGAAGAAAUUGCGCCGCAUUGGAAACAUUGACGUCCCAAAAGACGCGUUCAUCAACGUUCUUAAACGGAAGUAGUUCCUUCAGUAACAUAAUCAUAACAGACAUCAAAGCCGGGGGUUGAUUUGUGAAAAUAAACAUGCCAAUGUUCAGUAUGAUGAUUGAUUUAGAAAUGCUAUUAAAGUUCAUAUAACUAAGUGAUGUUGAUCUGGGAACAUAAAGCAGGUUUGACAAAUUCAUCUUAAUCAUGUUGAAACAACAGCAUUGUUCUCCCAGGAGCGGAUUCAGAGACUGCAAGCUAAGGGUUUUCAUUGGAAACGUUUAGACUGUGUGGAUGCAGAAGUAUUUGGCAGAGCUGUUUUCCUUUGAACACAUUUCAUUUCCAUCAAGCUGCAGAGGGAGUUGCAGUGGUUGUGGAUGUAAGGCUGAAAAUAGUCCAGUCUAGGACAUUUUCUCAAACAUUUCUGUGUUUGAGCUUUUGCUACUCUAAGAAAAAAUCAGGUGAUUCUGAAAAGACUAGAACAUGUCCAUGUCAUAUUUCACCCCAUAAUCAAAAACAUAUAAGUAUUUUAUAGUGCAUAUAGAAAAUUAACCCUGUUUUAGGGCAAUAAAUGUUUUUUAAUACUUUGACAAUAUUUUUAAGACAGUUGCAAUUGAGCAUACCACCUUUCUAAUUGGUGGCCUGCUAAAAAGUAAAAGAAGAAAAAAUCUUCAAAAAUAUGCUGCAAAAAUAUUGUACAACGCCAAGAUUACUGUCAGGCUAGCAAGCUGCCUCAGGGGUUUGUGACAUUUGUCAGCAUUUGUCAAUGUCAAAAUAAUUUAGAUGGCAAGUCAAAUCAAAGAAAGGUGUGCUUUACUGUUAUUUGACAAUCGAGAGAAAUAUCCAGGGUUGGAAACUAGUCAAAUUUCGGCCUUUUUAAUUGAAAAAACGUUAUUCAUAUUGGAAUGGCUUUGACUCGAGUGUGUUUCGAGCUUGUGGUUAGGACAGUCAUUUAGACUGCUAAAAUAAAUAUAUUAUUUGAAAACCAUUUGAAUGCAUUACGCUUCAAUAAAUUGUUCUUUAUUCGAUUAUUACAGAUAUGGAGAACAUUAAAUUGUACCCCAUUGGGGUUAGGAUUUUUGAUGCCAGUUUUGGGAGGGUAGUUAUGAUGUUGCUCAAGAUUUGUGAAUCAAUCUACUGGGAGAGCAAUGUUUGAAUUGCUUGCUAGUGAACUGAAGAGGUGAAUGUAUGUAUUUCAGCCAUAUUAUUCGAACGUACUCAAAAAAUAGUAUUUUCCUCAGGUAUAUAUGGUUAUAUUGUUUUCUUUAUAACCAAUUUUGAAUGUGGAAAUGACUUGUGAACUAUGUGCAACAUGUGGUACUCAAAAUAUGAUCUGGACAUCUUUUUGUAAGAUUCAUUGUGUCUGUGUGAGGCACAACUUUUUAUUUAUCCAUUCAUGAGUACAGAAAGACACAAGAGGAUGAUUUGGUUUUUGGAGUGCAAAAACUGUUAACAGUCAGUUCACAAUCUUUUAACAAUUUAAUGGAAAGAAAUGUGUAAAUCCAUAAAAAUGUAUACUCUCCUUCCAAAAACAUUCACUAAAGUACAGUGCAUGAGGGUUUAGAAACACCAAAAACAAAAACU